AUGAUAUAUGUUCUGGAUGAGGUCAAAAUCAGUGGAUGCAAUCAAACAACUUGCGAUUUCUUCUUGGAAAAAUUUAUUCAGUGUAAUUCGAUCGUAACUGAAGAUGCUAUAUUGACGAAUACGUACGAAGUUAUCUGUACUACAUUAUUUAAGGUUUUCUGGAGUAUCAGCUUCCAGGACAGUUAUGAUAAUAAACUGAAGUCAAACAAUGAUUUUAUUCGUCUUGUUCUGCUUGCAGCUCAGCAGCCGACAACAGAAACACAAAUAGACGUUGAACGACGGUCGAGUAUUAGAAAUUCGGCUCAAGGCAUCUUAACAAAUCUUGAUAUCCAUCAAGAAAUGCUUACGUAUAAUACCUCAAGCAAGGAAAAUGAGAAUGGAAUGAGCGUCAUGGUUUCUUACGCACAUCGUGACGCUGUUAUUUGCCAGAAACUUGUGCAGAAACUUAAAGAAAGAAUUAGCUCAGUAUGGGUUGAUUUCGAGAAACAGGAAUCAAAUGAUUGCUGGGAAGAUAUAGCUCAUGCUAUAACAGCAUCUAAUACUAUUCUAAUAAUCGCAACCGAAAAUUAUUGUGCAAGUAAAUCGUGUCGGCGAGAAGCAAUACAUGCUGACAAACGAGGGAAAAGAAUCAUACCGAUUUUCCUCUCUGACUAUCAACCAGAGGAAUGGUUGGAAAUAAGGAUUGAGAAUGCGACCUAUGUAAAGUUUAAUAAGGGUCCAUUCGAAGAAACAAUGGUCAAACUGAUCGAUCUGAUUCUGAUAAAUGAGAAGAAGUCGAAGUCAGGACAUGCAGAUAUCUCACUACAAGUAAAGCCUGUCGAACAGUCGAAGCUACCGGCACUACGACUUCAAGCUCCUUAUGAACUAAAAUUAGCUGAACCAAAGGUUACUUCUCCAGUGCUUGUACAGAGCGAACCGAAGGUUACUUCUCCAGUGCUUGUACGGAGCGAACCGAAGAUUACUUCUCCAGUGCUUGUACAAAGCGAACUAAAGGCUCUCAUCCCGGGUCACCCUCUACCCGAAGUUCUGCCGAAAAUAACGACGGAAACACAUGUUAAUGAAAAAGCUCUUAUGAAUUGGACACAAGAUGACGUUAAAAUGUGGUUUCAUCAUGAAAGACUGAACCCACGUUUGUGUGAGUUAUUUUCUUUUCCAAGUGGCCCUGCAUUACUAACCUAUGCGAAAUUGAUCUUACAAGCUGAUGAUGCAAAAAUCCAUGCUGAGUACGAAGAGCUGUCUCACCGUCUAAAUGAUGAAUUAUUCCAUCGUGACCAGUACGCUGUAUUAAUGGGUUCGCUGGAGAAAUUAAUCUCUCGUUUCGAACAGAAACCGAUUUCUGACUGGAAUAGCGAUGACGUUCAACGGUGGUUUCGUGAGUAUAAUUUACCAUCGUAUCUAUAUGAAAUGUUUGGAUUUUCAAACGGGCAAGCGCUUCUUAUGUAUGCUCGCCUCCUAGCUACAAUGAACGCAGACAAUGAAUAUGAACGGUUGAAAAAAAGGUUAGAGAUCCAGUAUGGCAAACCUUUCUACUUAAGUGAACACGCUAAGCUUUUAAAUGCAAUGAUCGAACUAACAAAUAGCUUUCAAAAAACCUCACGAGUUCAACAACCUGUCAUGAAUAACAGCGAUUCUCUAUCGUGUUCUAUAAUGUAA